CGUCGGCGCAACGUGCCCAGGGCCUGCUCCGAAUGAAGCACUCAGUCUUGCCCCUCACCCGCAAGAUCUUUCAUGUCUUCAAGAAGCUCGCGAUGGUUCCGUUCUAUGCAUGCCCUCAUCCCGGCGUCAGCUCGGGCCUGGCCCAGUUUGCGGCCUGGAACCCCACCUGGGACUUGCUCGGGUACCCUGGCCCCAACAUUCCUGACCGUCCGCUGGACGCCAGCACGUUCCAGCCGCCGACGCGGUUCUUGGAGUUUGAUGUGGGCAAUCCUGAAAACCUUGUCGAGCUCGAGGCGGACGUGGUGAUCGUCGGCAGCGGUUGCGGCGGAGGCAUUAUCGCCGCUCAGCUCGCCCAGGCCGGUCACAGGGUCGUUGUUCUCGAGAAGGGAAGCUACGUGCACCCAACCAAGCUGUCCCUGGUCGAGGGCGAAUCUCUCCAGCAGUUCUGCGAGAAUGCGGUGCUCUGCCAGAGCGAAGACGGGAGCAUCACCAUCGUCGCCGGGUCGACCUGGGGCGGCGGGAGCCGGAUCAACUGGUCGGCUUCUCUCGUUCCACCCAAGCAUCUGCUCGAGGAGUGGAGCGAACGAUUCCAUCUACCCCACUUGCUCACGAACGAGUUUCAGCAAGGCAUCGACACUGUGCUCGAGCGGAUGGGCGUGGGAAUCGACUCCAUCCAACACAACUCAGGGAACCAAAUCCUGCUCGAUGGCUGCCGCCGCCUGGGAUACCACUGUGACUCGAUCCCGCAAAACACAGGCCACAAGCCGCACUCGUGCGGGUCGUGCUUCUUUGGCUGUCCCUCCGAGACCAAGCAGAGUAGCGACGCCAGUUGGCUGCGGGAUGCCGAGCGCCAUGGAGCCCGCUUUGUACAGUCGUGCUUUGUCGAACGAGUACUGAUUGAGAACGGAAAGGCGGUCGGCGUCUCGGGAUGGCUUCACUCGGGCCAGACGCAGCUUCGGGUCAAGGCCAAGCAUGUCGUCUCUUCCUGCGGCAGCAUCCACACCCCGGCGCUGCUGCUGCGGUCGGGACUCAAGAACCGGCACAUUGGGUCCAAGCUUCAUCUGCAUCCCGUCCACGCGGUCGUGGGAGUGUUCCCCGAGCCGGUCAAGAUGUUCGAAGGGUCGAUCAUGACGGCGCUGUCGAAUCAGAUUGCAGACCGAGACGGGAAGCACUACGGCGCCAAGCUGGAGGUGCCAGCCUCGCACACCAGCAUUGCCUCGUUGGGCUGUCCUUGGAACGGGCCUCUGGACUCGAAGCUCGGGAUGCUCAGGUUCCCCAACAUGAGCAGCAUGAUUGUGCUUGCUCGCGACAAGGACUCGCAGGGCAGUGUCUCGCUCGACACCGAUGGCAACCCGGUGAUCCGCUACCGCCUGGGCCGCUUCGACUCGGACACCCUGGCAAUGGGCGUGCAGACCUCGGCCGAGGUCCUGCUUGCGGCCGGGGCGCGCGAGAUCCUCAUCGACCAGACUGGCACCUCGCCGUAUCGGGUUGAGGGCGACGGGCCGAUCGAUGUCCAGGCGGAGAUUGGUAGCGAGCGGUUCCGUGCCUGGACUCGACAGGUGCAUGCCAGGGGCUUCCGCAACCUGAAUGGCUCGCUGCUGAGUGCCCACCAAAUGGGCAGCUGUGUCAUGGCGGGCCGGCCAGACCUCGGAGCUGUGCAGCCGACGGGUGAGACCUGGGAGGUGCAGAACCUCUGGGUCGGCGACACGAGCCUGUUCCCUACGGCCAGCGGGGUCAACCCGAUGAUCACGGUCUACAGCAUGGCAUUCUCGGUCGCCCAGGCCAUGAAGCAGCGCAUGGGCGAGCAAGCCAAGUUGUAAACGCUGCGUCCGUUGGUCCUGCUGCGCUGACCCCGUUGCAUCGACCGUGUUCGCAUUGCAUAAGUGGUCUAUUCUGGCCUCAUUACUCCCUCGGCCGACUUUGGUUCUUUUGCUCUUCUUGCUGUGUCCGUCCCCUGCUGUCCUUGCCGGGCAACGUCGUCGGCAAACACGCACCAUCUCAU